AUUAUAAGCAAGAAUAAUGCGCUCCUUUUGUGGAAGAGCGUCUGCACUCUGCUUGAAGACGUCCAGCUGGAGUAGUGGCUCGGUGAAAGGGGACAUGGUGAGUAUGCUCUCUCUCGCCAAUCGAGUCGUACUGUAUUCGAUUCAAUCCAAUGCACAUCUCGUCUUCAGGCAAAGAGCUAAUCCCUGCUAUAUAUACCCAUCCGGUCGGGUCGAAUAGUGGAGAUGAAGCACGGUCCAAUAAUUGGGAUAGGAGCCAUGCUUUGAUGGUCUGACGAGAAGCCAAGCAAGAGACCGUGUCAUAUCGUUUCGGAUCUCAAGUACAACUCGACCAAGAGAGUCAUCGACUCCAACUUAUCGCCGUUUUCAUCUACUUGUACCGAAACAUGACUCUGUACCGACCAGCUGGUUAGGGCCGGCGGCCGCUAGUGGUCGUGCUGACAAGUAGCGCCAGCAUAACACAACGGUAUAUGGGGUGGAGAACCCAGAUGGCGCAGGUAAGCUCAAGUCAGCAAUCGCCAGCAGGGCUCAGCGACGCCGUAGUCCAUCAACUCGGCUUUCUCCGUGCUGUGCUGACUCUUCGUUGUCCGAGUCGGGGCUCCUUCGUCCCACAAAGCUUGAUGUCGGCGCUAGCCACAAUCUGAAAGUUUUGCGGCGCUAGACUCCGACAUACCAUUAGCAAUGUCAAGUUCAGCCGGCCUGUGAAAAUACGUAGAGCCACGUCCAGUCCCGGAAUUGUGGCAAACCCAGGAGUUAAUGGCUAAUGCCGAUCUGUAAUGCGAUACAGCUUAAGGUGGUGCAAGUUCUCCGAGCUGAAAACAAGCACCCCCGGCCGCUAGUGCAUGUACCCUACCAGCGCAUACAAUACAGCGCGGCAAAACUCCAACACAUAUAAACCAAAUUCAUCCCUGAUACACUCCCAUACCCACCGCAAGUCCUCUCUCGGUUUUCUCGCUCAUCUCCCGCAAGCAAAACGCCCAAGAUGGCCGCCACACCCCCAGUCCCCACGAUUAUCUCCUCCCUGCCUGAGUUCCUCGAAGUUCGCGAAUACGACUAUGUGGUUGUCGGCGGCGGCGCCGCGGGUCUUGUCCUCGCCGCGCGGCUUUCCGAAGAUCCCAAUGUAACCGUCGCUGUCCUCGAGGCUGGCGAUGCGCGCGUGGGUGAUGCCAAUAUCGUGUCGCCCGUAGGAAUGGCAGCUGUAUUGGAUAAUCCGGACUAUGAUUGGUGUUUUCGAUCGACGCCGCAGCCAGGUAACAACGGAAAAGUGCACCACAUCGCGCGCGGAAAGUGUCUUGGUGGCUCAAGCAGCAUCAACUUCCUAGCGUACUGCCGCCCCUCGAGAGCCGACAUCGACCGAUGGGAAGAGCUCGGCAACAAAGGGUGGAACUGGGAUGCUCUCUCACCGUACUAUCGGCGAAGCCAGCGGAUCGCGCAGGGGAGUUUACCUCUCCAGGGCUCACAGGAGAGCUUCGCACAUGAACAGCAGUUCCACGGUGACGAGACGGGUGUUAUCGCGACCUCAUUUCCCUCGUGGAGGUUUCCCUUUGAGGAUCCGCUGCUGAAGGCGCUGGAUGAGGCUGCUGGUGGCCUGGCGAGGCCGGUUGAUCCGUGGAGUGGUGAUCAUCUGGGGUUCUAUGGGACGUUGUCGACGAUUGAUCGGACGGGGGAGAGGCCCGUGCGGUGUGAUGCUGCCGCGGGGUAUCUCAAGCUCAUGGCAGAUAGGUCGAAUGUCAGGAUCCUCACUAACGCCCUUGCGUGUCGGGUCAUCCUCAGCGAGGAGGCGGAGGGGAGCCCCGAUACGCCUAUCGCACGCGGCGUGGUGUUCUCGUACCAGGAGCACAUGUACCGUGUACUUGCAAAGAAGGAUCUCAUCCUCAGCUGCGGCAGUAUCAAGUCUCCUCAACUGUUGGAGCUCUCGGGAAUCGGCGACCCGGCUCUGCUCGAGGCCGCUGGGAUCGAAUGCCGUGUGCCACUGCCUGCUGUCGGACGCAAUCUGCAAGAACAUCCCAUGACGUCUGUGACCUACGAACUCACCCCAGAGACGCACACCCUCGACACGCUCUUCGCUGACGCGACCCUCUUCGGCCAGUACUUGCAACAAUACUUUACCGAAGGCGACGGCCCCGUUGGCGGGUGCAUGAGCCUAACUGGUUUCCUGCCGUACGCGUCUCACGUCUCUGAGUUACGACUCGAACAAAGCCUGACCAGCGAAACCAAAAACAACAUUGAAUCCGAAGAAAUCACCCGCACCCUCUCCCUCCUCCGCGACAAAGCCACUCCCAGCAUGCAACUGACCUGUGUCCCCGCCAACUUCUCUCCAGAGACCGGGCACGCCCAUCUUAACCAAGUCAUGCCCGGCGCCCCCGCCGGCCGAGGCCCCUGCUACACAAUCCUCAUCGCCAACUCGUACCCGCUCUCCCGUGGAAACAUCCACAUCACCACCUCGGACCCCUUCGCGGCGCCGGGGAUAGACCUCGGUAUCCUGCGUCACGAGCUCGACGUCGAUGUCCUGGCUGCGGGCGUGCUCUUUGCAGAUAAAGUAUUCCAGUCUGCGCACGUACGUGACAAGGUUGUUGCGCGGGUAAGUCCGCCUGCGUCGGUAAAUUUGGAUAGUUGGGAGGCGGUUAGGGGGUAUGCGCGGGACCAGACGCUUGUGUUCAAUCAUUUGUUGGGGACAUGUGCUAUGGGCGAGGUGGUUGAUGACCGGUUGGCAGUUAAGGGGGUACAGGGGUUGAGGGUUGUGGACGCGAGUGUGAUUCCAAACCAGAUGAGUGGGAACAUCAUUGCGACGGUUUAUGCUUUGGCGGAGAGGGCGGCGGAGUUGAUUAGGCAGUGAGAUGUAUAAAUGGUUGGAAGAGUGCCUAAGUGAUGCAGCUGUUUUUUAGCUAUGCUUAAGCGAAGUUAUUGAGAUCUCAAG